UGCAUCAGUUGAUUUCCCAAUUCAGCAACAGCAUCAUAUAUACAGUUAUAGAACUCGAUCAGAAACAAGGCCACAUCCGCUCAGCUUCUUCAAACAAGAAAUAAUGAUGAAUGGUUAUAGUGAUACUGGAGAAGACUCCCAAUUUGGAGACUCUUCGGUGGCUACGCCUCAUUCGCCAGAAAGAAUUGAAGAUAAAUACGAACGCAUCAAACACGAGACUUUGACAGAGGGAUGGAUGCUGAAACGUAAUCGCAACAAUUAUUGGCAGGAUAGAUACUUUGUUUUUCAAGCCAACCAGUUUUUGUCUUACUGGCAUAAGGAAACAAACAAAGGCAAGGAUAAAACCACGGCUACAUACAACGAGAACGAUGCAACGAUUGCGCACGAGGACCCUGCGGCAACCUUCAAAAUAUCUAGAAAUGCCGGGUGUGAAAUUGGAGAUAUAUACGUAGAACAACGAAGCACCUCAUCCAUAUCUGCAACGAAGACUGCCGUGCCCUCUUCUGGGGGAAAGACAUCGUUGUAUUGCAUUGAUAUUUCUUGGACGCAAGAUGCCGAUAGCCAACUAGCAAUCAACACGAAUCUAUAUAAUUCUGAGGAAAUUUCGAGUCCCCUGCACCAGGAAGACGACCCGUACAACUGUGAUCAAGGAUCGGUAAAUAGCGUAAAUUCGGUGAAGGGAAAGAAGAAAUCCUUUCUUCGAAGACGAAAGGUCAGGGGUAGAAAAUCAAACUCCGAAGGAAACUCUUCUGAAAAACUUAUGGAGAGUUUCUAUAACGCUCGACAAUCGGAUUAUUCUUACGAGUCGCUGGAGAUUGAAAGAAGCAAUAAAUCAGUCGACUGCACCGAUCCAUUUUCAGGAAAAACUUGGAAGACCGAAGAUUUUGAUGCAAGCGAUAAUGUAAAACAAACAUCUUCCUUUGAUGACAUAGAGAGACGCGAACAAGAAAAGCUUCACAACGAAUUUGCGAGCAAACAACGAAAGAAAAAAUCGGUCAAAACAAAACGAAUGGUUGGAGCCACAAAGGCUGUCGUAGCAGCUGGUGCAGCUGUUGGUGUUGGAGUUGUUACUGCUGGUGUUGGUCUCGCCGCAGGUAUGAUAGUCCUGGGCGGGGCCGCGGCCCUUGGGGGAACGGCUGGUGUCGCUGAAGCAGGUUUUAAACGCACGCUGAAAAAGAAGGACAGCCUGACGAUUGCAACCACCGAUUAUGCAAUCGCUAGGCUUUGGAAACUCAAGCUCGAUGCGUGCUUAGAGCAAGAAUACAUCAAACAUUCUACGUGGGCUCAGAGAUUUGCUUCCGAUGGAGGCAGGGCCGCAAGCGCUCUGAUUCCUCGUGAUGUAAUCAUGUUGAGAACGUCGAGUGUGGAUGAUGAGGAUAAAAGUAAGGCUACUUUGAAUAGAUCAACUUCGAAAAGUAACUUAUUCCUGAGAGACUCGAAUAUUUUGGAACAGGGCAGAACGAAAUGGACACCGAUGGAUUGUGGAUGGGGAAGUGGUUCACAAAGCCUUCGAAUUUACAAAGAGGAAAGGAUUCGAGACGACGAACUCUCUAUGAAGGUUUCUCGAUCCGCCAACGACGACUCAACCUGCAUACCGAUGAAAACUCAGCUGGUACUCAAUGCACAUCAUGUAGAAGCUUUCAUGUGCAUCAUGUCGUAUGCUCGAAUACCCUCGCCGUCGGUGUACAGCGACAAUACAAUGCCAUUGACUCCAAAUUCGAAUCAGUGUGCAUCCUAUCGAUUGGUGGAAAAGAUUGACGAUCACAUGGACGUCUUACACUUUGUUUGUACACCAGUUUAUCUGUCUCCAAUGUGGGCCAAACCAAGAGAUUUUCUUGUGAAUCGCUAUUGGCGAUGCGAGCCCGAUGGUUCUUUUAUCAUUUGCUACGAGUCGACGGAACAUGCUGACUGUCCUCCUCAGCCUGGAUUUGUGCGCGGAACAAUGCACCAGGUAUACACCCUUGCGCCUCCGAAGAGUUACAUGUGCCGUCGAAAGGGCCCACUGACAAGUGAAUGUAUGCUAACGGCAGUCGUACAGGUAGAGCCCAAAGGUUGGAUCCCAACUCGACCGACCAUCUGCCAGUAUUCAAAAGAAACAUAUGCGGAUGCAUUUGGUAUAGCAGCUUUGCUUCAAACUUUGGACAUUCGAGACGCUAUCGAGAGCGACCGAUUCAAAAAUUUGUCACCCGACUCACUUCAAUACCAACAGCCGAUGCCAAAUCCAAGCAGGACGCCCGGCAUGAUGAGAAAUGGUGACAAUAUCGAGCUUGCAUCAUUUGACUCGAGGUUUGUCGAUCGAGAACGAUGCGAUAGCUUCACUUCAGAAAAGUUCCCAUCCAUCGGAAAUAUUCCAGCACCCCUCGGUCCCGAACGAUGGGCUGAGCCCGAUCCCAACUCAUUCCUUGUCCGUGGACCAAACUACCUAGAAGAUGGAAAGAAAAUAAAUGCGGGAUCUAGCAUCGGGCAACUGAUUGCAAUGGAUUGCGUUCUGGUGGACACUCCCAUUCUCAGCGGAAUGUCAAUGCAUCCUACGGAACGAAUCCAGUUAGCCCUAAAGCGUGAACAAGAAAUGAGGGCGAAAGGCAUGACAUGCGAUACUCCUCCAUUUAUCUUUGUAGUCAACAUUGUGAUUCCUGCCGCACAGUGCUUCCAUGCGGUAUUUUACUACGCGGUGGACGAUAAGAGCACAAUCGACGGUAGCGAUGGGACACCCUCUUCCAGGCUGUGUGAAAAAUUCUUCUUUGGAGAUAGCGAUCAGUUCAGAGACGAAACUUUCAAGCUGAUUCCGAGAAUUGUUGAGGGAAAUUUUCUUGUGAGAAAAGCCGUGGGCAGCACUCCGGCCAUCAUGGGAACACGACUCAAGCAGUACUAUGUUCGAACAGACCGUUUUAUGGAAAUAGUCCUUGAUUGCCGGAGCAGUCAAGUUGCCGAAGGAGUCAUAAAGCUGAGCCUCGGAUAUGCAAAAACACUGGUGGUUGACAUGGGAUUUCUGCUCGAAGCGGUUGAGGAAGAGCAUCUCCCGGAGCGACUGAUGGGUUGUGUUCGAGUAAAAUACCCUUCUUUUGGAAAUGAACUGAGAAGAGUCUAGAAGAAAAACUAGUUGUGACGAGGAAAGUACACCUGCCUUUUCCCGUCGACUAAAAUGUCAUUCUGAAAUCAAUGCUCAAUAUCUGGUAAACUACAUCAUUUGAAUAAGAAUAUUAAAGCAUCAUUUUAGUU